CGAGUGAGUUCGGAGCCGCUGCUGCUGCUAUUACAGCUACUGUACACCGCUUACACGUUCUGUAGAGAGAAAGUUUUUUAUGGUGAAAAAAGUUUAGUGCGACGAUCGAGUCGGAAGUUGUCUAAUUGUUUCCCCCAGUGAGUUGAGUGAAUAAUUGUUUUGUAAGGAAAAAAAAGGGCCAGCGUCAUCAUGAUGAUGCACACGAUGGAUCACGCGGGUGGUGGGCUGCACAUGGGGGUCCUGCCGUUCGACGGCAUGGGCCUGUACGAGCAGCCACGACCGAGGCUCGUCUUCAAAAUGCCACGAGUAGUGCCCGACCAGAAGAACAAAUUCGAAAACGACGAGCUGUUUCGGCGACUGAGUCGCGAGAGCGAGGUCAAAUACACCGGCUAUCGCGACAGGCCGAUCGAGGAGCGUCAGAUGCGCUUCCAGAACGGUUGUCGCGAGGGACACACGGAAAUCGCUUUCGCAGCGACGGGCACGAAUCUCCAGCUGGUCUUCGGGGUGGCCACGGGCAACUUCACCACCGGCCCGCGCGAGUGUGAUUUCGACAAGGAGCACGGAAAGGUCCACUUGAAGUCGCAUCUCAUAAUGAACGGCGUGUGCGUGACGUGGCGCGGCUGGAUCGACCUCGAGCGCCUCGACGGCGUCGGCUGCCUCGAGUUCGACGAGGAAAGGGCGACCGAGGAGGACGCGAUACUGCGCGACCAGCUCGAGCGCUACAACCGGCGCAUGCACGACAUGGAGGAGAAGCACCGGGUCUUCAGGUCCGGAGCCGGGGCGGGGGCCGGAGUCGGGGUCGGCGUCGGCGUCCAGCCGCCCACGCACCUCAAUCACCACCACCAUCACCAGCAUCACGCGGCGGUCGCGGCCGCGGCGGCGCACCAUCAGGCGGCUGCCAUCGCCCAUCAUCAGCACCUCAACAUGGCGGCGGCCAACGCCGGGCUCGAGAACCACCUCAAUCACAGACAGGACCCGGAGAUGGAGCUCCGGCUCAGGGCGUUUUAAGACGCGUCCCCCCCGCAAACCCCCUUUUCUUAGCGCCAAGCUAACCGAGAGAAUCAGCAUCGCUGAUUCUAGACUGAUCGGGCAUUUCGCUCCAACCGACCCAAAACAUUUUCCAGCCGAGAAUGUUCAUAGUUUUAUUUUAGUUCGCCUAAUGAUUGUUGUUUAAUUUUCUUUUUUUAAUAAGACUAUUGAGAUUAGAUGUUCAGAAAUCGUAAUUAAUAUAAAUUCGUUGAUGUGAUAUUUAAAAAGAAAAAACGAAUAUUAAUGUGUAGCGAUGUAAGCAAAAACCUGAGUAGAUUUAACGUGCGAAUGUAUUAUUUUGUCUAGUAAUUGUAACUAUUGCUUUGUAAAGAUAGUUUCGAUUCUCUAAGCGACACGAAUGUAUUCGGUUGAAAAAUCAUCGAUUCGAUCUUUGAAACUUCAAUACCGUAAGCGCUGCGUUUGCAAAAUCCAUCAUUUCAGAUAAUUAUAUUUCGCUGCGGAGAAUGUGCGUAAUAUCUCGCGUAUGUGUGCGCGCGUCGAGCGCCAAGCGAUGAUUCAGGCGCGCCAUUUCCGGCGGCUAAAAAAAUUCACACGCGCGCAUAUUAUAUGUACACACAUACUUGCAUAUAUUCACGUAUUUAUUAUGAAUGAGAGACGCAAGAGAGAAAGAUGAUGCGCGAGUCAGUGAGUAAUAGAAAGAGUGAGAGGAAAAACUCAUAUAUAUUACAUAAAUAUAUAUUGAUAAGUGUAAUAUUUGAUAUAAUUGCAAAUUAAUUUCCUUUCUCUAUAAUAUGUUCGGUAUUAAUUACGAUUGGUCAAUACUAUUUAUUUGAUUUAUGGCAAAUUUUAUUGUAUGUACAUAUUUGUAAAGAGUUUAUCGAUCAAAUAUAUGAUAUUCCUCGUAUAUAUAUAAAAAAAAUAUUAUAUAUAUGCAACCAGAAA